UCAUCCACCAACACCACAAUGUCGGGCUACCAACGGGCUGUAAAGCCGCUCUCGAGGUGCCUGCAGAGCACGCAGCCUCAAUUAUACGCUCGUACAUUCUCGAGCUCCUGCACGACCCGCAAUGAGGCCGCCACGAAGUCCUUUGAGGAGGAACUCGCCCGAAAGCACCAGUGGAACCCUGAGAUCGUCUCGUCUCGCAGGGGAGAGAAGGCUUUGAUGAAGCAUGGCAUCUUGCCAAUUGGAUCGAGACGUCGUCGUGCGGCCAUUCAGUCGUCGCCGAAUAUCCCGUUCGAGCAGCUGCCGUACCAGUGCUUCCAGGAGGCUCGCACAGUCCUGCAGGCCGACAGGGAGCAGAAGCUGACGGAGAUUGCGACGGAGAGGGCUCGCAUCGAUAGACUCGCUGCACAGGAUGUAUCAGCUGUCCCGGGUGGCGAACUACAGAAGAGGAAUCGUCUGGAGAGCAUGAGGAAGCACCUGGAGCGUCUAAAGCUCCUUGCCGACAUCAACGAUCCGAUGAUCAAGAAGCGCUUCGAGGAUGGAGAGGGCGACAUGAACAAGCCGAUCUACCGCCACCUCGCCCAGAAGAAAUGGGAGUCCUACCAAAAACUCGUCAUCGAGCAGCGUAUCUCCCAACUAAGCAUCGUCCCCGACACACUCGCCCACUUCUCCCCCACCGCCGAGGUGAAGCUCGCCUUUGGCCGCCGCAACGUCCAGCCGGGCGAGUUCGUCGACAGCCGCGUCAGCGAGAUCCCGCCGCGGCUGCGCGUGCAGGUCUUCGACAAGGGCGAGCGCCUCGUCAGCGUCGUGGUGGUCGACACCGAUGUGCCCGUGCCAGAUAACGACUGGUUCACCUCGCGCUGCCAUUACGUAGCAUGCAACGUGCCGAUUGCGCCGACGCAGACGUCGCUCCCGCUGUCGAAGGUGGAUAAGGUCUCGCAGCUUGUGCUGCCGUGGCUGCCGGCCUUUGCGCAGAAGGGGACGCCGUAUCACCGAUACUCUGUGUUUGUGCUUGAACAAAAGCCUGGGCAGUUGUUUGAUGUGGAGGCGCUAAGGGAGGGGGUGCAGAGGGAUGGGUUUAAUAUUCGGGGGUUUGUCGAUAGGCAUGGUGUUAAGCCGAUUGGACUGGGCUUGUUUAGGAGCACGUGGGAUGAGGGGACUAGGGGGGUGAUGGAGAGGCAUGAUAUUCCGGGUGCGGAUGUGGAGUUUAAGAGGAUUAGGGUUGCGGCGCUGAAGCCGAAGCAGAAGGCGAGAGGUUGGGAGGCGAGGCACGCGAGUGAUAAGUAUAAGUCGCUCAGGCGGUGAAAGGGGGGAUAGCAUCUGUAGAUUUUUAUUGUAUCAUAUGUACUAUUUGAAUAGAAUUGUGGCAGGCCAAGAAAGUGAACAUAUUA